GUUUAUACCGAGCUAAGUAAACCAAAUGCCUUCUUUAUAAUGUCAUUAAAGGCACUGCAUAGUUUUGAAAUAGACUUAGCUGCUUUGGGAGCAAGUGCUUUGACUCCACUGGACGUUUAUAGGCAAAUAUUAGCCAUGGGCUUUUCAGAACAGCAAGCACAGCAACAACUAGCAUUGCUAACAGCUGAUCCUCGUGUUACGGUACUUCUUUGUGCACUACAUGGGUGA